AUGGGAGCGGGGUUGACACAGACAUUGGAAGGGGGACUGACACAGACAUUGGGAGCGGGGCUAACACAGACAUUGGAAGCGGGACAAACAUGCACAGACAUUGAAAGCGGGGCUGACACAGACACAUACAAUGGGAGCGGGGCUGACACAGACGGGAGCGGGGCGGACACAGACAUUGGAAGCGGGACUGACACAGACAUUGGAAGCGGGGCGGACACAGACAUUGGGAGCGGGGCUAACAGAGACAUUGGGAGCGGGGAUGAAAGAGACAUUGGAAGCGGGGCUGACACAGACAUUGGGAGCGGGACUGACACAGACACAUACAAUGGGAGCGGGGCUGACACAGACGGGAGCGGGGCGGACACAGACAUUGGAAGCGGGACUGACACAGACAUUGGAAGCGGGGCGGAGACAGACAUUGGGAGCGGGGCUAACAGAGACAUUGGGAGCGGGGAUGAAAGAGACAUUGGAAGCGGGGCUGACACAGACAUUGGGAGCGGGGCUGACACAGACAUUGGGAGUGGGGCUGACAGAGACAUUGGGGCGGGGCUGACACAGACAUUGGGAGCGGGGCUGACACAGACAUUGGGGGCGGGGCUGACACAGACAUUGGGAGCGGACAGACAUUGGCAGAUAGAAGCGUUGUGGACUACUAUAUUAUUAUCAGAAUUUUGGGGUUUGAAGUUGAAUAUUUUUCUAGUUUGUAUUCCGACUGUCAUAAACCAAUUCAUGUUUCUAUUACUUCAUCAUGUGAUAUAA